AUGUCUACGGCGCAAUCGGAAGACACGACUUAUAUUCUCUCCCACCGUUCGAAGCAGGCGGUAGAACAUGAGAGGUUAAAUAGACAACACAACCUCAUUCAGCAGACCUUCCUCAACAAUCAGCUCAUACAUCCCACCAUCGCCCUUUCUUCCCUACAGGGUGGAAUUGCCGAUGUCGCCUGUGGAACGGGUAUCUGGCUCGAGGAAAUGGCCCACGCGCUCUCGCGCCUUCAUACCCAAGCAAAUCUCAAAAAUGAGGAAGGGGUAAAAUCCUCCUUGAUUUCCAUGCCACAGUUCGUUGGCUUUGACAUGAAUGCAGCGGCAUUCCCCGAAAACCCCGCCGCGGGUAUCCAGCUUGUGCAGCAUGACUGUACCGAGCCCUUCGACGCCAGCUACCUCGGACAAUUUGAUCUGGUAAAUAUCAGAGGCCUGGCGUACGCAGUUACGGAGGAGAAGUUUGCCCGUGUCCUUGAGAAUGUCUCAUAUCUACUGAAGCCAGGAGGAUACCUGCAAUGGACAGAAAGUGAAAUUAGCCUUUUCAAGUUCUUCCCAGAAACACCAGACUUGCUGGAAUCCAGGAAAGUCAUCGACAGCGAAAGACGAGCUCGUGGGCUAGUACCCUAUCUACCCCAUUUUAUGCUUCAAAGUACCCUGUCGCUAAAAGGGGAAAACGAGAAACAAGUUCUUGACAUUCUUCACUUCAAUCUACGCCCCGGAGGAUUUUGUCAGGACCACGUCAGCACUGAAGUGAAACUCCAAUUUUCUGAGAUUCUCACUGAAUCUGUCAACCUGUUUUUGCAAUCUGCUCUUAUGAGGAUGGAACAACAAGAUAAUCAGACACAGAAUGUGAUAGCAGAGGAGAACGAAGCUCACCAGGGCCAAUUGGAUCAAUUACAAAGGUUGAAGUCAUCUGUAAGCGAGGUACUCGCAGAUGGAGGUGUCAAAAUGGGUGGGAUUUUCCCUCAUCUUGUUGCGCAGAAAAAUGCUUGA